GUUUGCGUUAUGAUCUUGUAGAUUGGAACAUUUUUCAAUUUAAUUACAAUCCCGAAAACUAUAUUUAUCCGCGCAUACGCCAGGUCUGUAAUCUGUCCAAACUCCUGACAGGGUCGCGCACAACUCCUGGUAGAACGGUGUAACGACUUUUGUUUACUCCACGAUCUUGCCCUUGUUGACAACGAAGCCCUCCAGAGCAGAGAUAGCGGCCCACAAGCGAUUCUCAGCCUCGGGGAACACGAGGGAGCGCGGGCUGUAGAAGACCUCGUCGCUGACCUCCUCGGGGUGUCGGGGCAGACAGUGCAUGAACUUCCAGCCCUCCUUGGCACCACCGCGCUUGGCCAUCUCAUUCGUAAUCUGGAAGCCCUCAAAGGCCUUCAUGCGCUUCUUGGCCUCUUCCUCCUGGCCCAUGGACACCCAGGUGUCGGUCACCAGAAUAUCAGCAUCCUUAACGGCCUCCUCGGGAAUGUUGGUCUGGCUGAGCUUGCCAGGAGUAGCGACACCCUCGCCGGCACGCUGAAUGAUCUCAAGCAUCUCGGCGGGGAUUUCGUAACCCUUGGGCGUAGCGACGGCCACGUCGACACCCAUUUUGGCAGCACCAAUGGCCAGAUCAAAGAGGACGUUGUUGGCAUCGCCAACCCAGGCGAUCUUCAGACCCUCCAGGCCGAGACUGGAGAGGCCGUGGGCCUUGGGUGUGAAGGUCUCGUAGAUAGUGAGGAAGUCGGCGAUGAUUUGCAGGGGGUGAAACGAAUCGCACAAGGCAUUGAUCACGGGGACGGUAGAAUGCUUGGCCAGAUCGGCCACGUCGGAGUGCUUGGAAACUCGCGCAACAAUGCAAGAAACCAUAGAAGAGAUGACCACGGAGGUAUCGUAUACUGACUCAUUCACGCCGAGCUGAAUGUCGUCUUUGCCCAGGAACAUGGGGUGGCCGCCCAUUUGUACGGUAGCGGCCUCUGUGGAAACACGAGUACGGGUGCUUCGCUUGUUGAACAUCAUGGCGACGGUCUUUCCGGACAGGGAUCCCAGGAGGCUUUGUGGGAUAGCUCCGGACUUGAUGGUUCGCUUGUGCGAGGCGGCAUUGCGCACUAGAGUCGCGAAUUCCGUGGGCGUCAAGUCUGCAAUGGAGAGAAGAUGGCGCGGAGCGAAGGGAGAGGUAGGAGGAGUAGUUUGUGUCUGGUGGGCAAACCGUCGGAGUCCAUUAGCCGGGAGUGUUCGACCCAGGGAAGAGGUGGAGCUGGCCAAUUGAGUUACACUUUGGGUGCCAUAACGGGUAGCAGCUUUCAGACCGCUAGCCAUGGUGGGCUGUGUGUUUGGAGAUUGGAAAGAGGUGGGAGGGAAGCCGGGGGAAUGCGUGUAGGGUGUAACUGGAAGAGGGAAAGAGGGAGGAAGAGGGAGGAAGAGGCAGAAGGGCAGGGGAUCGGAACGCAAGAUAACUAGUCAACUAGGUGAGUGGAAACCGCAAUGACUCAACUCAGAAGGUUAACUAACUUAACUUAUCCGGAGAGGGCAUUCUUGGCCUUUGGCGCCUGGAUACCUGAAGAAUUAGGUGUCAGGUCCGACCUCUCCACACUUCCGUUAUCGUGAGCUUAUCGACAUCGUCAUCGCCCUUCCCUCUUCCCCCUCCCUCAACAUCUUCCUGGAACGAAGAGAGAGAGACUUCUGUUACUGCCUUUCAUUGCUUAUAGAUUAUCUGGCCGUGAUGGCUGAUGAGGAGAGCCAGCCGCUGCUGGACGAGCAGGUCCGAUCCUCUUCUCCUGGACCAUCCUCAGGCACCACCACUCGUCCCGACCAGCCUCGCCGAUCAUUUGAACUAUCAUCUGAGUCAACACCGCUACUUCAUCGUCGCGACAACGACAUUACUCCAUAUGGAACCCAACGGAGACUAUCAGAGUCGGAGUUGGCCGAUGAGGAUACCCCUAAGAAUCAGGGCCGAGUGCGGUGGCCAAUUGUGAUAUCCCUCUUGGCCCUUACCACCACCAUCCUGGGGAUCUUGGUCUUUGCCUUUGCUGCACCGGCAGUGGCCAAAGAAUAUGCUCAAGAAGCAGCAGUAUUCAAACCAACCGCACUUUCGAUUGAUUCUACAACAGAAGAUGGCGUACGGGCUCGAGUCCAAGGCGAUUUCGUCAUGGACGCCCGUCGUGUGAAGACCAAAUCGAUGCGUGACUUUGGGCGUUUCAUGACCUGGAUCGCUCGAGAGGUUGAGACGGGCGAAUCAGAAGUUGACGUAUAUUUGCCAGAGUAUGGGAAUAUUUUGAUUGGAAAUGCGCACUUGCCCUCUAUUAAAGUCAAUAUUCGCAAUGGGCAUCAAACCCAUGUUGAUUUUCUGACCGACUUGACUGCGGGAGACAUCAAGGGCCUGCAUUCAAUUGCUAGAGAUUGGAUAGAAGGAAGGUUAGCCCGCCUGAGUGUGCGAGGCAAGGCAACGCUGCAUUUGAAAUCAGGCAUUCUCCCCCUUGGGACUCAGACAUUGAUGGAUACCGUCACAUUCGAAGAAAAUGAUUUCCCAGCGCUUCCCAAGAUUGACAUCACCAAGCUCAAUGUGCAUGAUGCUGCACACGGAGCCUUGGCCGUGGACGUUCAAGUGUCAGCAGGCAUUGAUUCUCCCGUUGCCAUUACGAUUCCCGCCCUUGAAUUUGCGGUUUUUGUACCAAACUGCUCACCCGGUGAUCCUCAUAUUCUGGUUGCCGAUGCCAAAACAGCCGAGGUUCAAGUGCACCCAGACGCGCCAACCAUAAUCAGCGCUCAAGGCCUUGUAAAUCAACUGCCUGACGAGUUAACCACUACCUGUCCUGGAGGCAAUGGCUCACCACUGGACUUCUUGGUUUCGAAUUACGUCCAAGGUCUUCAGUCCACCAUUUAUAUUCGUGGUGCAGAUUCUCCAUCGACUGCAACCCCAGCAUGGAUUGCCGAUCUGUUACGCAGCGUUACUGUGCCGCUGCCUUUUUCGGGGAGUCCUCUGGAUGACCUUAUGAAGAACUUCACCAUGACAGACACGCAUUUUUCCCUUCCUAAUCCAUUUGCGGAACCAGGAUCUCCAGACUCCCAGCCGACAGUAUCUGCCCUGGUGAAGGUGCUCAUCAAUUUGCCGGAUCAGAUGAAUGUCCAAGUCGAGGUCCCGAGCGUUCGAGCUCUUACAAACGUAUACUACACUGGGAAGGAACUAGGCGUCUUGAACAUCGACAAAUGGCAAGACGCCAACUCGACCAGGGUGGAGCUCGAGGAUGGCUCCUCCGCGCUGCUUGUGGAGUUCCCUAUCAAGGACGCCCCAUUACAAGUAACGGACAGUGAUCUGUUGGCAAAGGUUGUCCAAGAGAUGCUUUUCGGCAGCAAGGGAGUCGUCUUACAUGUUGCUGCCGUCGUAGAUGCGAAGGUCGAGACAGGGUUGGGUCGCUUCGCCGUGCACGGGAUUCCAGGAGAAGGGAACGUGCCCGUUAACAUUCCGGCUGGAAACUCGAUUGGCAACCUGAAACCCACCAUCGUGUCCAUGCAGUUGGGCGACACUACUGAAACUUCUUUGGCCGUAUCUGUGCUAAUGAACUUCACAAAUCCAACCAACCACUCUGCGACUAUUCCCUUCUUUGACGUCGAGUUUCUAUUCAACAACACGGCCAUAGGCCAUGUUUUCGCCCGCAAUCUCUCGGUCGUCCCUGGGAACAACACCAAUGUCUCGGUGCAAAUGUCAUGGGAUCCAUAUAGCAACGGAGGUCAGGCUGGAGUAGAAGCCGGGCGGAAAUUUGUUUCAUCGUAUAUUUCAGGAGCGAACACAACUGUGACGAUCAAGACCCAUGAAGGGACUUUCCCUACACUUCCAGACCUUGGCAAAGCUCUUUCAGUCUUGUCAUUCGACGUUCCUGUCCCACAUAUGUCAAUGCCUAGAGCACCGGGGGAUGACGACGACGAUGAUAAACCUCCCAAAUAUAUACAAGAGGCAACACUCCACCUUUUCUCUUCAACAGUUGAGUUCACCGUAUUCUCCCCCUCAGCCGAGACCAGCAUCACCGUCACCUCAAUGGAGGCGACAUCAUAUUAUGAAGACGAACCAUUGGGCCACAUCAACUACUACAUACCGUUCGAUGUCCCGCCCGGUGUUUCCCAUUCACCUCGGUUACCGGUUGAACUAAUCCUAGACGGAGUGGGCUAUGAUGCUUUGCGUAAGGCUCUGGGCCAGGAGUUGGUGUUGGAUGCCGUUGCUAAGGUGGGGGUGCGGGUUAAAAAUUACACUGAUAUCGUUCACUAUCACGGGAAUGGGAUUACGUCGAAGGUAAGGAUUUGAGGGUGUUGGGUUGCUUUUGGGUGGAUGGCUCAGCAUCGCAAAAGGAUAUAAUGGAUUGUCUUUUUCUGGGAAAUCUUGCUGGCGUUUAGGUUUUGAUUACAUUUAUGAUACCUAAUGAAAUACACGUUCAUGUGGUCAAGAGUUGCUGACGUCCAGUAUGCAAUUGAGUCCGAGAUUUCAGAGACUUAGGUUUACGCUCGAGUAUGCCUAGAGUGGGAAAUUGGAUGAAACCAAAAGACAAACGAUUGUGACAUUUUACAAAUGAUAGCAUCGACCACGGAAUUAGACAGAAGACUGAAUCGAAGUUCGCACACAUAGAUUGAAGGAUUGCGCAGCAGAGAAACCAAAAUCGUAUUGGGUAUGUAUAUUUUUGACUUUGGGGUUGGAAAUGAGCUUAACCGGGGGGCAGGGUGCUGGCAUCGACAACGUCGGCGGCAUCCUUCUCAAUCUCCUCGGUGUGCUCGGACAGAGGGGAGCGGGGCAGAGCCAUGAGACCGGUACGAGUGGACUCGAGGAUACCGAAGGGACCGAUCAGCUUGAGGAAGGAGUCGAUACGGCUGGGCUUGGCGGAACUGUGGAGAGGUCAGCGUAGUACAAAGUAUUACACAUCAGGGACAGAGAGGUUAGGAGACGUACACCUCGACAAUGCAGUUGUUGUUGCUAAUAUCCAAAACCUUACCACCGAAUUGGUGGGCCAGACGGGUAAUAGCAUCCAGAUGCUCGUGCUUGUGACGCAGAGCCUGGCUGGGAGGCAGGUUGCGGGGGUGGUAUUCAACCUCCUGGUAGCCAUGGCCCUGACCCUCCUUCAGAGAGUCAGCGGGGGUAGUGAUCUCGCGGUGGUGCUGGAGGAGCUCCUCGAAGAACUCGGGGCCAAGGAUGGAGACCUUCGCGAGCAGGAGCUCGCGCUGAACCAGAGCGGAGUCGGUGUAGUCCAGAACGGCCCAGACGGGGACGAGGUCGUCGAGCUGGCGGCGAGCCUGCUCAACAACACCGUCCUGGCCCUGGAGCACGAUAGUCAUGCGGGACAGAUCAUCGACCUCGGUCUUGCAAACGACCAAACUGUCAAUGUUGAAGCCACGGGCGGCCAGAAUACCGGACACACGGGACAGAACACCGGGCUCGUUCUGAACCAGGCAGUUCAGAACAUGGCGCUUCGGAGGGUUGCUCGGAGGCACGGGAGUCUCGUACAGAAUAGAGGAGACGGCGGUAGGAGCAUCCCACUGAGGAGAGGCGUCGGAAACGGGGAGGGGGAGAGGGGAGCGGCGGUGCAAUGCCUUGUAGGCCAGAGCAGAGGUCGAGCUGCUAGAUGAGGCGCGGAAAGCGUUGAAACGAGAAGCUGCGGCGCUACGAGAGCGAGCGGCCGCUGUCGACUGCGACAGUAGCGACGCUGACGCCGAGGAAAGCGUCAAUGGGCGCCUGAAAGCCAUGGUAGGUUCAGGGAUCACCGAGAGUUGUGCGAUGAAUCACUGCAGAUGCUCCG